AUGUUUAAGUUCCAAACAAACGGUUUUAGUGGGUAUGCCGUAAGAUAUUCGCCGUUUUAUGAUAACAAGAUAGCUGUGGCCACUUCCGCCAAUUAUGGGCUCGUCGGUAAUGGGCGUUUAUACGUGCUAUCCAUAAUGGAUGACGGCAAUAUAAUAACCGACAUAUCUUAUGACACACAGGAUGGUCUCUUCGGUGUCGCUUGGUCUGAGACUAAUGAAAACCAUGUUUUGACUAGCUCUGGAGAUGGCUGCGUUAGCCUAUUUGACACAACACUAAAGGAUUAUCCAGUAAUGAAAUUUACAGAGCAUCAGCGGGAAGUAUUCUCCGUCGAUUGGAGUAAUAUAGAUAAAAAUCUGUUUUGUUCAGCAUCAUGGGAUGGUUCAGUAAAAGUAUGGAGUCCCGGAUCCAAUAGAAAUACAUCCCUGUUAACGUUAAGAUCAUUAGCAAGUAGGGAAGAAAAAACCGGAAGAAUAGAAAAACCAAUACCAGUGGUUCAACCUUCUCAAGUCCCUAUGUCAAAAACACGUCCUAAUAUAAGGAAUGACAAUAAUGACUGCGUUUACGAUGCUAAGUUCUCCUUUCAUGAUCCCAAUAUCAUAAUGUCAUGUAAUUCAGAUUCUCACUUGCAGCUUUGGGAUACGAGGCUACCUAAUCCCCUUUUCAUGGACUUUGUUGCACACAACGGCCUAGAAGCUCUUUCGUGCGACUUUAAUCGUUAUCGACCUUUUGUAGUUGCUAGUGCCGGUGUUGACAAGCUCGCAAAGGUCUGGGAUACCCGCAUGAUACAACCAAAUGUUCAUUCAAGGCCUCCCAGAGCUCUAAAUAAGUUCAUGGGCCACGAGUUUGCGAUAAGAAAACUAGCCUGGUCUCCUCAUGGCCCUACUCAACUUUUGACAUGUUCGUAUGAUAUGACGGUUCGUGUUUGGAAUGACAGUCCUUCUCCUACUUCUCGUGUUGGCCUGCUGGACGGAGCCAGUCAACCUCAUGCACCACCGUGUUCCAAGAUAUUCUCUGCACAUACAGAAUUCGUAAUGGGUUGUGAUUGGAGUUUAUGGGGUGAACCAGGCUGGGUUGUCACAACAGGCUGGGAUGAAAUGGUAUACGUUUGGAAUACACAGAGACUUCAGUAA